AAAAACACAACAGGAUCAUAACACAACUCUCAAAAUAAAGGCUACGUAACCAUUUUCUCACCCUCAAUAAAUAAAAGCCAUGCAGCGCCAAAAAAAGAUAAUCAUCAAGAGACUUAUUGAAUCAGUUUCAAUGGCGAGUUACAAGCUUACAGUUCUUCUCCUUCUCUCUUUCAUCUUUCUCUUCCUUAGUGGUCAUGUGCUUAGCGAUAUUGAUGAAGAGGACGUUCUUUUCAAAGGCAUCAAUAGCUACAGAGCAUCACAGAAUCUCACAACCUUAAACAAUAACGAGAACGCAGAGUGUCUAGCCGACGAAAUAGCUGAUCAACUCAAGAACAACCCAUGCACCAACGACACUGGCUCAGCCACAGUACCCGGAACCGAGCCACAGUUCGCGGACUACCCCAAUAUUCUAGCUAAAUGCCACUUAAGCGUCUCCGACACAAGAGACGGCUUGAUCAUGCCCGCAUGUGUUCCUUUCUUAGAGUCGAGCCCAAGCCUCGUCCUCACAAACUUCACCAAGUCACAAUACUCGUUGAGUUUGAACGAUUUUAAGUUUACAGGAAUGGGUAUUGGUAAAGAAGAUGAUUGGAUCGUUGUGGUUCUUACUACCAACUCACCACAAGGAAGCUUCUCUACAGCUACUAAAGUGGAUUCUAAUGGCUUCAUCUUUGCUAUUGGCUUCUUUCACUAUGUGUUUGUUUUCAUCUUGUCCUUUUGUUUCUUUCUUUGUUGAAAUGUCUAUCGCAUGUUUCAAGGUUUUAUUGGUUUCAACUCUUCCUACUAUUGUUGUAUAUCAAAUCAAGAAUAAUAUCUGCCUGUGAUAUUUACUAUUUUUCUUUACGUAAACCAAAUAUAUUGUGAAAGUUUUUUUUUGUUUU